CACGGACGGACGAGUGUGUUCAUCAACUUCUUCGCGGAGGCGCGCAAUCAACUCCAUCACACACACACACACACACAUAACGUAUACAUAUAUAUAAACGUAUUCUCCCAGCAGAAGCAGCAGCAGUGGCCCACAAUAACGUCCCGUCGAUCACGCUCGCCGGUCGUCCACACAAUAAUAAAAUAUUACUCUGCCACCGCUGCGCGUGUGUGUGUGCGUGUGCUCAUCGUCGCCGCCGCCACCACCGUUGUCGUCGUUGUCGCGUCGUCGUCGUCGUCGCCGUCGCCGUCGUCGUCCGUCGUCGCGGUCGUCUCGCCGGACUUUACUCGCUCGACGUCAUCCCACCACUACACAUCAUCAUCCGUAACCACUACCGCCACACACAAUCGUCUCCGCUGCCGCCGCCACCGCCAAAACAACCACCACCGUCACCUCCACCGCCACAUCCACACCGCAACCACCACCGUCGCCACUACCGCCACCACAUUAGAUCCUCCACUGCCGUGUAAUAACCGUCAUCACACCACCAUCACACCGCUGCCUGUACCUAUCCUCUCGAGUACCCGUUGGAUGGCUAGCGGCCGCCAAACGUAACGGCAGCCUACGUUCUUGUUCCCGCCAGACCACUGUAGAGGAUAAUACCUACUACGCGACCCAUCCGGUUCCAGGUCGUUUAGGAUAAGACCGCUGCCACCAUCUCCACCACCACGCGAACCUCAUCCACAACCAUCGCUACCGACACCGGAACCGCAGUCACUCGGUAGAUCAACUACUGCAGCAUCACUUAUAGCGUACACGCAAUCGGACGCUUACAAAACCAACAGUCAAUCAAAGUAACUCGAAUAAUCAAGGAUUACAGGGAUUUCAACGAAAGGACCAAAUGGACGCCAAAUCGAAAGAUGACUCCAAUAUCAGCCUCACACUUCGGCUAAUAAUGCAAGGAAAGGAAGUUGGUAGUAUAAUAGGAAAAAAAGGAGAAAUUGUUAAGCGGUUCAGAGAAGAGUCUGGUGCCAAAAUCAAUAUAUCUGAUGGUUCUUGUCCAGAGAGAAUAGUUACCAUAUCAGGAUCUACUGAAGCCAUCUACAAAGCAUUUUCUUUAAUAUGCACAAAAGUUGAAGAGUUUAUUGAAAUGCAAAAUGGCAAAACUGGUGCAACAGCGAUCGGGAAAUGUGGUAUGACCCUUCGGCUUAUUGUUCCAGCAUCUCAGUGUGGAUCUUUAAUUGGAAAGGGUGGUAAUAAAAUCAAAGAAAUUAGAGAAGCUACAGGAGCACAGAUACAAGUAGCUUCAGAUGUACUUCCUCAAUCUACAGAGAGGGCGGUUACAUUAACUGGUACGAGGGAUUCAAUAACGCAGUGUAUAUUUCACAUUUGUGCAGUUAUGGUGGAAUCACCUCCUAAGGGUGUUACAAUACCGUAUCGUGCUAAACCUCAGAUGGGCGCACCAGUCAUUCUAGCCGGAGGACAAGCGUUUACUCUAGCAAGUGCAGGAUCUGCGGCGGGUUGUGAUGUAGGCACCAUGAUGGUAGGUGGUGGCCCAUAUAACGCCCCAAUGCUUAUGGUGCCUCCAUCGCCUGGUGCAGCAGCAAGUCUAGGUUUAAUUGAUCCACUGGACUAUCCCCUGCUUAAAAAUGCAUUUGGACCUUCACAAUUGGGGAAAUUGACUGGGAAUCCGUUAGCUGGUCUUGCGGCACUUGGACUUGGAAGCUUGGGAGGACCCGCAAACUCAUUUAAUCCAGCUGCAUUGGCGGCAUUAGCUGGUAGCCAGUUAAGAUCUAAUGGUUCUGGUGCCAAUAUUAACAGUAGAUCUGGAGGCGGUCAACAAACUCAUGAAAUGACUGUACCAAAUGACUUAAUUGGGUGCAUCAUUGGCAAGGGAGGUACUAAAAUCGCUGAAAUUAGGCAAAUCAGUGGAGCAAUGAUACGGAUCUCAAACUGUGAAGACCGCGAAGGAAGUGCCAGCACGGAUAGGACCAUAACGAUAACUGGAAAUCCUGACUCAGUGGCUUUAGCUCAGUACUUAAUCAACAUGAGGAUAUCUAUGGAGACUGCUGGACUAGCCUUGCCAGGCUAUCAUUACGUAUCACCUAAUCACAUUGUCAAGUCACCGAUUCAUUAAAUCAAUGUACGAAAGAGAUCAGUUUUACAACACUUGGGCAUUGGAAAAGCAAAAUGAUAAUGAACAUCAAAAAUAAGGUAUUACAUAUUUAUCCAACGAUGAUGAUAAAUUUUUUCAAAUUUUCCUGUAUUAAUAGGUUAUGAACUUAUAAUUAAUCUUUUGUAUUAUUAUUAUUAUAGUUAUUAUUUAUUUUACUAUAGUAUUCAUAUUUAAUGUUUCGUUUUAUUUUUAUUUUUAACCUAAUAUUAGCGUUAAUGUUUUCAAUGUUAAUGUAUAAUAAUUAUUAUUAGUUAAGUUAAGUAUGCGCGUUAUAACUAUUAUAACUGUUCGUGUUUAUUCUUUGAAUUGUAUUAUUUGUUUAGUGUUCUAUUUGUUAAUUUCUAAGUUGUUAUUUUUUUUCCGUUCACACAUUUUGUUGCUUAAAUUUUUAAAACAUACCAAAUGUUUUUACACAAUUGAGAAUUAGUUAAGGUACAAAUAGGCACUAAUAUUUAAAUUGUUCGUGUGUGUCAAUAGAAUCGGAAAUUUUUAUUUUUGCUGUCAAAAUGCAUUUCUGCAUUGACUGUCAGAUGAAGCAAUACCUACAAUAAAAUAGGUUAAUAUAAAAUGUAUAAAAAUAUAAUAUUCUAUAGUAAUCGUAUACAGGGUGAGUCGGAUAAUAGUUUAGAACGUAUCCAUUUAUAAAGACACUAUAGCUAAGUCCAACUGAGUAUACAUGUACUAAUAUAAGGUAAAAACAAUUUGGUACCUAAUUUGAGUGUUUUUAGCAAUGGUCAAUUUGUCGUCCAUUCUCAAUGCCGAAUAACAUUAUAGUGUCAUUCAGUUACCACAUAAGUUCUACCGUCCCACCCUGUAUAGUUUCCUAUAAUAUAAUUAUGUUAACUUCUAAAUAUUGAUUUCUGAUCUACUAUUAAAAUCCUUUAUAUUAUAGGUUUAUAAAAUCCACAAUAAUCAAUUACUUACACGACUUAGGAUAUUAUGUUGUAUUCUUAGCUUACCUACAUUUUUAAUUAAAAUUAUCGGCAAAACAAAUUAAUAUAGUGCCAAAAAAAAAAUAAUAUUAAUUUAUAAAACAAGCCAUCUUUGCUGGUUGAUAUGUGAAAAUAUGUGCCAAAUACUAAAAUUAUAUAUAUAUAAAUAUAUAUAUAUAUAAUAUUAUAAGAUGUAGCAAUAAUAAAUAAUAUAUUUUAUGAAAAUUAUGAAUUAAUGACCUUACUGGCAUUAGUACAUAUAUUACAUAGGGAUAAAUAUAAUAUUUUCCAAUAGAUAAAUUUUGUUUAGAAGCUUUAAACAUAAACGCUAUUUAAAUAUAUCUCUCUUAGACGCACUCUAUUUAUUAGUAAUUAGCAUUACGCUAAAUAUAAAUAUAAACGUUUUGUUUUUUAUAUAUUAUUUUUUAAAACAAGUUUAUAUAGACACCAAAGUCUUACCAAUAUGAGGUACAUAAACUGUACACUGUGUCAAAACUCAAAGGACAAAGGCGAAAGGGUAUGCCACCGGGGGCAAAUAAAAGGUUAGUGAAAAUAAUUACAAACUUAUCGUCAAUAUAAUAUGUUCUUGGCGCGCACAAUUUUUUUUAUCUUCAACACAAGUUAUGUUUUAUUUUAUUUUUCAUUCAAAUUAUAUAAAUGUAGUUAAUUAAAAAUAUUUUUUGUAACGUAUUCUUGUAGUUUAAUAUAUAUUUUUUUUUUUCAUAAACUACAUAAAAACAAAUAAAGUGUGAUAUAAUAAUUAGUCAGGGACGCAUAAACUUUGGUAUCUUGACCCAUAGUUCAAUGAACGAAAUGCAGCACAUAUUAUAUUUUAAUAGAUUUUCAUACAGAAUAAUUUGGACAACAUUGUAGCAAAUAGCAUGAAAUUUCUAAUAAUCAUAAUAAACGUUUAAAAAAAUUAAAUAAUUUAAUCUAAUUUUUAAAAUUUAGAAUAUUUUAACAAUAAUAAUAAUAUCGUUUAUUAUCAUAAACAUUAGAGACAAUCAUGAAUUUUUAUUUUAGAUAUUACUCUAAUUUUUUUUAGCCACAUAGAAAAUUUAAAAACAUUUUUAAUUCGCAAUAUUUAAUGAAAAACUGAUUUACGAUCAACAACAUAUUUGGGUGUAAACAAUAAAUUGUCAUCUGAACAGUAACCGUUGAUAAAAUAUACACAAAUGCAUAAUUUUUUUUUAAUUUUUUUUUUAAAUGUUUAUGUACAAGAUAAUAUAUGCAUUUUAUAUUUAUAAACAUUUAUAAACUAUUUAAAGUAAAUUAAGCGCGUGCUAAAAAAAUAAUAAUAAUAAUAAUAAAAAUUUUUGUGAAACACAAAAAGGGUAAGAAUUGUUUUUAUAAUAUGUAUAAAUAGAUGUAUACAUAUUUGUUUUGUUUGAUCUCAUUAAAUUAAUUACAAAAAAAAAACAAUAUUCACACAGAAAUGUAAGAGAACUUAUUAUUUUAUAAUUAUUAGUUUUGUUAUUAUUAAUCUUGAUUUCAACAAAAUAAAAUAAAACCAUAUUUGAGAAUCUAACAUAUCCCAAACAGAACCCAACUGAGUGAUGACGAUUAUCACGAAUAAAUAGCAUAUCGCGUAUACCAGCAUAUCCAUUUUCCGCACACGACCAUAUCAUGACGAAUCGAGUGAAUUUGUUUUUUUUUCUAAUUUGUUUUGUGCCCUAAUCUGAUCAAUCUGCCACUAUCUUUAGUGGUGUUUAGGAAUCUAAAAUAAAAUGUUAAAACUUACAGAUCACUGUUAUACCUAAUGCCAGCAGCUAACAAUACGAUGGUAUAUAGGAUUAUUGUAAACCAAAUUAUUUUAUCACCAAAACAUUAUUUAUUAUUGUAUUAUUAUUAUUAUUAUUAUUAUUAUUAGUCGUAGUAUUGUUAACCACCUAUUAACCAUAAUUAUUAGAUUAUAUUGAUUGUAUACCUAGUUAUUUUAGUUAGACACUUAAGUUUUACUGUUUUAAGGAUAUUUACGUUAAUCCAGUAGUCUAAGUAUUAUUGUCAUUAUAACUCCUAGAAUUUGGUUUUUCUAACCUUUUGUAAAACUCUAUCUCCUCUCUCUCCCUAUCCCCCUCUCUCUUACUCUUUCUCUCUAUCUAUCUAUCUCUAUCUGUCUCUGUAUCUGUCUCUCUCUCUGUCUCCCUCAUUCUCUCUUAUAAUUAUGAUAUGAAUACCUUAAAACUAAUUUACACGUCUUACAUUAAAAAAAAAAUUAUAUAUAUUAUUAAAUAUUGUGAAUUACGAUUUCAAUAUUGUCACUAUUAUUAUAAUAUUAUAGUAUUUAGUCUCUAGUCAAGUUUACCAUUUAAUCCGUAGUAUUUUGACAAUGCUAAAAUAUAAGCUAUUGUAUUUUAACUUUGUUUGUUCGAUAUUGUAUAUCGCAGGGUUUAAAAAAAAUAACAAUUAUUAUGCUUACACAGUUGUAUUUAAAUACAUAUUAUAUAUUAUAUCCUUGA